UCAGUGCUGAUGAAUAACAUCACAGUGAAUGAACAACUGAUCCAGAGUCUACGAGAACACUUGAAAGAGUUACAGACUGAAUAUGGAAAGCUACAGCUCGAUGUUUACUGGUUUCAGAAGAACCAGACUAACCUUCAGAGGAAGUUCUCAUAUGACCUGUCACAGUGCAUCAAUCAGAUGAAAGAAUUAGAAGAACAAUGUGAAGAAAGGAUAGAUGAGCUUACAAAGAAGGGUAGUGAUAUACCACAAAUCAAAGAAAAUAAAGGCUUCUUGGAAGAUUCAAAAAAAAAUAGCCAGGUCAGUCUUGAACUGCCAGCAUUGAAGCAACCAGAGUUCAAGCAGACUGACUUGGAACAGCAGAAACCCAAUGAAGAUGUGCCUGAAACAGCACCGAUAGUAAAAAAUAUAGACCUGCUGCAGGCUAAAGAAAGAAUCAAUGGCCUAGCUGACAUCGGGAAACAGGAGCCUAAGGCAGAAGAGAAGAUUUCUGGUCAGCUGAAAAGCCCACAGGAUUCACUCAAGGCUGCUGCAGGCCACAAGGAGGCACUGCCUGAGUCAGAGAAGGAGCUGAAGCCGUCUGAAGUUGAGAAACAGACAGCAGCAGAGCAGGCUGCCAGCCAGGAAAUCGAGAGGGAGCAACUCCUAAAUUAUGACACAAAGCAGGAUGACCUGCCCCCUGGACAGGCUGAGAAACAGGACCAUGAAACACUGAACCAGGACAAAGAUGUUGAUUACAAUUUAGAUGAGAAUGAAGCUGAAUCAGAAAGGAACAAGCAAGCAGCACUUGCAGAUACUAAAAAUGUUCAAAGCCCUGAAGAUAUGAAGAAACACUUACCUGAGCAAGGUGAAGAACGACAGAGGUUGUGA